AUGCUGCAGAAACCGCCACAACAGCAGCAGCAGCCACAACAACAACAACAACAACAGCAGCAGCAGCAGCAACAGCAGCAGCAGCAGCAGGCAGCACCAACCGGGGCGUAUUUCGACAGCCUGCUUGUCAAGAACAAGAAACAGGCAGAGGGAGAGACGGCGCUAGGCGAGCUGCCCAGUCUCCAGCUAGGCCUCGGCGACCUUCGGCAGAGACUAAAGCAAGUCGGGCCGCGUACCCAAGACCGCACACUUGAUGGCAAGGCGCACUACUUUCUCGCUGCGUCUGGCGUCGAUCCUGGCGCUGCUGUGCGUGACCUGGGCUCUUUGGGCCUUCAGGCAAGGUCCGAGAAGCCGCAGGGAUGGGCGAGCAGCGAGUUGGAUGUCGAGACGUACCUUUCUAACCUGCAGACAAAGACUACGCUGAGCAUGAUUGCCGAUGGCCUGGAGCGGUCGGUUCGCGACUUUGACAGCUUCCUGGAGGACAAUGUCACGAUGGAGUGGGAGGCACAGCGGAAGCGCAUCUACGAGCACUUUGGGAUCAAGCCCAGAGACGAGGCAGCGCGUGCCUCGUCGGCUACCCCUGCCCGUGACUCUCAGGCUGGAGGUUUCGGCCGCUCGCGGCGCAAGGUGAGCCAACCCCCUGGCGAGCGGUCUACCCAGCCCAAGGCCGGCACGCUCGGGAGGUCUGGGCUGCAACGAUCGGUCAUCGGCGCGCCGAGCCGGAUCGGCGCACACGCCGCGGGCUUUUCAGACGUCGAUGCCGGCAAGGAAGUGACUAGUCCGCCGACCGGCGUGUCCUCAAUCGACGACCGUUUCCAGCGCGAGAAGCAGGGCAAGUUGGCCGACAAGGUGCACGAGCUGAACGACGCUCGCCAGUCGGGGCAGGGCAUCUUCAUAUGCAGCGACCUGGCAGAACUUGAGAGCAAGUCGGGCGACCGACACGCAGGACACAUGGUCGAGGCAUAUCGAGCUCUAAUGGAGAUUGUAGGGGAGCACCCCGAUACGGGCGAACUCCCCAAGGAGCGGCAGUUUGCGAGACUGUACGCCGAGAACGACGCCAACCCACAAUCCCCCGGCGCCGUGGAACUACGGAAGCAGAUUCUUAAAGGCGCCAACCAGUUUCUGGAGAAGCAAUUCUACAACGAGGUCAACAUGCUCAUCGCCAAGUACCCGCAGGAUGCAAAUCUUGGCGGUCGGCCUGACGUUGUUAGCAAGAUGAUGGCGUACAUCCGACUGCGCAUGGUGCGUAAGACGCUUGUGCCCGACAACACGCAGCUGCAGAUGAUUGAAGAGUCUCCUGCCUGGGCUGUCAUCUUCUUUCUCUUGCGUGCGGGCUUCGUCAACGAGGCGGCGCAAUUUGUUAACAGCAAAGCGAGCGCGUUCCGCAGUAUUGACCGCACAUUCCCCGGCUAUCUCAACAGCUACGCCUCGACCGAAGACCGCCGGCUCAAGAGACAGAUGCAGGAGCGGUGCGCCAGCGAAUACAGCCAGCGGAUGCGCAACUCGCCCGACAACUCGAUCGACCCCUUCCGGAUGGCCUGCUACAAGAUUGUUGGCCGUUGUGAGGUUAACAACCGGAGUCUGGACCGCAUCAAUACCGACGUCAACGACUGGGUCUGGCUCCAGUUCAACCUGGCGCGGGAGUCGGACCGGUCCAUGGAGCUGGCGGGCGAGUCGUACGGCUUGACCGAGCUGCAGGCGAGCAUCCGCGAGAUUGGCCAGAAGCACUUCUCCAAGGCGCCCACCGAGGAUUCCAACGGCAGCUUCGGCAUGUUCUUUUACCUCCAGAUUCUGUCGGGCAUGUUUGAGCAGGCCAUCGCCUACCUCUACCCAUUCUCGUAUAUCGACGCCGUCCACUUCGCCAUUACGUUGACGUACUACGGCCUUCUCCGUCCGGCGGUUACGCAGUCGUCGGGCAACGAGCUCCUCACAUACAACACGCGGGAGCAGCCUCAGAUAAACUUUGGGCGCAUGCUGGGGUACUACACACGGGACUUCCGGGCGGCCAACGCACGCGCUGCGGUCGACUAUCUCGUGCUCAUCUGCCUCAACGCGGACAACCCGUCGGGAUCGCAGCAAGCGGCGCUCUGUCACGAGGCGCUACGUGAGCUGGUGCUCGAGACGAGGGAGUUUAGCAGGCUCAUUGGCGACAUCAAGCCCGACGGACACCGCAUCAAGGGCCUCAUCGAGGAACGCGGCCCGCUGAUCGCGCUGGGGCAGGAGCAGGAGUUCAUCCGGGCCAUCACGCUGCAGGCGGCCAGCUUCGCCGACGACAACGGGCGCACAACGGAUGCGGUCCUCUUGUACCACCUGGCUGGCGACUACGACACGGUAGUGGCGAUUGUCAGCCGAGCGCUGAGCGAGGCCAUCUCGCUCGAGAUGGGCGAGGACCCGAUGCGCCUCGUGCCGGUCAAGCCGCGCGUCGACGGGGCCGAGGCACAGGCGCAGCCGGGCAGCAGCCUGAGCCUGGCGGCCAUCGACGACCCCGUGGAGCUGGCCAAGACCAUGAUGACCAUGUACGAGCGCGACGCCAUGUUCUGGCAGAAGAUCCGAGAGCCGAACCGCGUCGCGUGCGCCGUGCUGCUACAGAUGAGCGACAUCAAGGGCCUGGUUGAGGCGGGUAGAUGGCCGCAGUGCCUGGAUAGGAUCCGGGCUCUGGAGAUUCUGCCGCUGGGUGCGCGUGGCGACCCCAGCGUGAUCCGCAGCUAUGCAUCCAAGUUCUCGAAUCUGGCGCAGCCCGUGGCCAUCAACUUGCCGAACCUGCUGAUGUGGACCAUCAUCUGUUGCACCAAGCAACGGGAGCGACUCAUGAACGGCCAAUUCAGCGGCAACGAGUCGACAGCGCGCAUGAUGAUGGACGAGCUGAAGCAGAUGAGCAUCGACCUGACGACAUACACGAGCCAGCUGCGCUACCGGCUACCGCCUCACCUGCACGAGGCGCUAGCCAGGGCGUCAGCCAAUUGA